AGUUAAAAGCUCCAAAUCUGAAAAGAAAGAAAUAUCCCCGACUUUCCAAGAAGAAAAACAAUUACUACUACUAUUCCACUUCCCUAGAAAAGAAAUCAGUUUUGGCUUGCUCCUAUUGACUUAUACUAGUACUCUACUUCUUUCUAUAUUAUAUUGUCAAAAACGUUAAGCAUCUAAUCAAAUAUAUCAAUGGAGAAAAUUGGAAAAAGAUUUGAAGGGAAAGUGGUGAUUGUCACAGCUUCAACACAGGGUAUUGGUUUUAGUAUUGCUGAGAGGCUUGCUUUAGAAGGUGCUUCUGUUGUUAUCUCCUCUCGUAAACAGAAAAAUGUAGAUGAAGCAGUAAAGACACUUAGUGAUCGAGGAAUUGAAGUCUUUGGAUUAGUAUGUCAUGUGUCGAAUGCACAACAGAGGAAGAAUUUGAUAGAGAGGACCAUUCAGAAAUAUGGGAAAUUAGAUGUGGUUGUGUCAAACGCCGCUGUCAAUCCUUCAGUGGAUGCAAUACUAGAAACAAAAGAAUCAGUCCUUGACAAGCUGUGGGAUAUCAAUGUCAAAGCCUCUAUACUAUUACUACAAGAUGCAGCUCCUUACCUUAAGAAGGGCUCGUCAGUUGUUUUAAUUUCCUCAAUUUCUGGUUAUUCACCACCAGCUUCCAUGGGUAUGUACGGGGUGACAAAAACUGCGCUUCUUGGACUUACCAAGGCUCUAGCAUCUGAAAUGAGUCCGGAUACUCGUGUAAACUGUGUAGCUCCAGGUUUUGUACCUACACACUUUGCUGAUUUCAUCACGCAGAAUGAACAUGUGAGGAGAGAGAUUGAGGGUAAGACACUACUCAAUAGGCUUGGGACAACACAAGAUAUGGCUGCAGCUGUUGCUUAUUUGGCUUCUGAUGACGCUGCUUAUGUAACCGGAGAAACUCUGGUUGUCGCUGGAGGAAUGCCUUCCAGACUUUAACCUAUUGAUUGUGGUGCCUCUCCCCCCGGUUUUAGCUCCCUUGUGUCACUCUCGGAGGACAUGCUUAUGGUGUCGAAGAAUAGAAUAUUCUAAAGCAUUCGCUUCUGGAUUAGUAAAAUGUCUGAUAUAUUGCUUUACAAGUACACGUGAAAACUGGGGUAGAGUGCUAUACCAUUUACCCCUUACCGUUACUUCAAUGUAUUUUAUAAAUUACUACCUUCUCUGCCA